CUUUUAACCAUGAACUUUACCGCAAACAUCUCAAAGCUAACUCAGUUGUGGAAAGCUAAUGCACCAGUAGCAACAUAUGUGGCCAUUAGAUCACCUUCCACAUCUCCAUGUUUGUGCAAGAACGUAAAGGCUGGAAUUCUUAAAGGCACACCUUUUAGGACAUUGCCACUUACUUAUGAUGAAACUCAAGCGCCUCAUUACAUUUUUGACAGGAAAGUUUGGCUGUCAUGGAAUACAAGUAAUUUGCACAAUGAAAGAAAUAGGAUAGCUGAAACAACUUUUGAGGAUCUAAUUAUUAGAAAAUUUAUGUAUGGUACAUGGCAUGGAGCUUUAGUAUCUGAGGUCAUUAUUAAAAGACGGCACAAUAUGAUAAUCCUUGCAUUUAUUGCUUCAGUGGAACAUGUUUUACAGAGACAGGUUUACUUUUUGCAAGGGUAUACAGAAGAGCUGUUGUCACAUUGGUUGAAAUGUCCUAUCAAAGUUGAAUUACAGUGUGUUACUUCUAAAGAAGAUGUAGUGUUUAAAAGAAUUUGAAUUUUUCUUUUUUUACUGCACAAUA